AUGGGACCGUUGCCGACGAGUAGGUCCGGUCACGCAUACUUACUCGUAAUGCAGGACUUAUUUACGAAGUGGAUAGAGUGCUGUCCACUUCGUAAGGCUACCGGUCGACGAAUUAGAGAGGCAAUUGAGGAGAUGGUGAUUUUCCGUUGGGGCACGCCGCGUGUAUUGCUGACGGACAACGGAACGGAGUUCCUGAAUAGAGACUUGCGCGCGAUGUCGGAGCAGUAUGGGAUAUAUCAAACGACGGUGCCACCUUAUCACCCGCAGGCAAACCCGGUGGAGCGGGUAAAUCGCGUCCUAAAGACGAUGAUCACUGCCUACCCCCGCCUUUCUUACGGCCGAGAACCGCUACCGGUCGGUUUGCAUCGCGAGCAGGACGACGUCGGUGUCGAGAUAGAGGAAGCAAACCCCGUCGAGUGGCGCGAACAUAUGGGGAAGAUGGGCGCGUUACGGGAGUGGGUCGCGGAAAACUUGGAAGCCGCGCAAGAGCGGCAAUCUAAGUAUUAUAAUCGGCACAGGCGCGAAGUCACAUUUAACGUAGGCGAACAGGUACUCAAGAGGUACCACGUGUUAUCGGCCGGCGCACAACACUUCUCAGCGAAGCUGGUCAAGAAGUUCCAUGGCCCGUUCAUUAUUCGAAGAAUUCUCUCACCAGUAGUAUACGAGUUGGCUGAUCUAACGGGUGGCAAGGUCGUUGGCAAGGUCCUCGUGAAAGACCUCAAGCAACCAUGA